CUUCUCACAAAUCCUCAUUCUCUAAGUCUUCGCGUGCCUCAAGCUCAGCAUCCAGCUCACCGUUAGACCGCAUCGCAAAGAUGGCUAUUACAGACUCCUCUGGCAACCACAGGAUGGCUAUUCACACUCUUCUCAAUGAUUCUAAUAGGGACAUGCAACACUCAAGGAUGAAUGGCUAUAACUGUGAGCUAUGCAUGAAAAAUUUCACUCAGCGUGCCGACGUGAGAAAGCACAAGAAAACUGUCCACGAGAAGGCACGAGACUUUCAUUGCCAGGAAUGCAAGCUCUCUUUUGGGGAGAAGGGAAACCUGAACAAGCAUGUACGAAGCAUCCAUCGCCGUGAACGCAAUUUCUUCUGCGACCAGUGCGAGGCAACCUUUCCAUUUCGAAACGGACUGAAAGAGCAUCAGCGCAUGAAGCACACCGACGAUCGCCCGUACGAAUGCAAAAGAUGUACCUCCACGUUCAAGAAGAAGAGCCAUUUGCACAGACACGUGAGCGUGAUUCACAAAGUGAAUGCAUAGGUUUUGGUUUGGGUUCCCCAGUCAUUGCAAUUUAUGACAGUAGGUACUGUAGCCAUUAACUUUUAACCCAGGUGGCAAAGAAAAGAAAGGGCUCAUGACGGUUGUCAAAGCUUGUCAAACACAAUGCGAACUGAGGCAUGUUUUCAGUUCGUAUUAUCUUUUAGCUCGCGUGAGCGCUAGGGAAGACAUGUCUCCGAGUAGCUGGAAUAGUUGCCGUAAACAACCGAACCUUGGUCGAGGGAAAUUGAUUCA